AUAAAAGAGAAUUCUGUCCCGCUCUUAUCCUUUUCUCAUCAUCUUUUUCGUGCUUCAUCAUAAUGGCCCCUACUGCUCGUGAGCUGUUUGGUCCACUAGACCCAAUCCCAGUAGAACAACUGGCAAAUGAUGAAGAAAUCACUCGUAAAUUAACCGUUGCCGGAUCACCAUAUGAACUGCAACAAAAGUACAUCAACGGAAGGUUACAAACAGUAUAUAAAGAUUUACCUCAAUCUAUUCGUCAAUUUUGGUUAAGCAAUGUUGAAUUGUACGGGAAGCGAACGUACAUCGUCUUUGAUGAUCAAAGAUAUACGUACGCCGACAUUCAUCAACAGGCUUUACGCAUGGCAUCCAUCUUAGCCACCCAAUUCCAAGUACGCAAAGGUGAUCGUGUGGGAAUUGCUUGCAGAAAUUAUCCCGAAUUUGUCAUCUCUUUCUGGGCAAUCCAUCUUUUAGGAGCAGUCACUGCGAUUCUAAACUCGUUCCACGAUGGUGAAACGUUGACAUUCUCCAUCAAGGAUGUAUCAUGUCGAGCUGUGAUCUGUGACGGAGAACGAUUCGAGCGCAUAAAGGAUCACCUCCCAUCCAUCCUCCAGUCAAACGAGACACCAUUUGCCGGUGCAAUCGUUAUGCCAUGGAUGGGAGCAAAGCAUAUCCAGCAAGAACAAGACAAAAAAUGGCUACAAUUCAACGGAAAAGGAAAUCACUUGAUAUACGAUUGGCAGAAUUUAAUGAACGCUCACAAAAACACAACACCAACAUUACCUCCCGUUGACAUCUCCCCUGACGAUAACGGUGUGAUUCUUUUCACAAGUGGAACGACUGGCAAACCCAAAGGCGUACUCUCAACACAAAGACAACAUCUUUCUUGUUUACGUUUAGCAACAUUCGGUACAGCAAGAGCACUUUUACGAAGACAUAGACCUUUACCUCCUCCUCCUGAUGUAAACGAUCCUGAACCCGGAUCAGUCUUGGUUCUUGUUCCACUCACACAUACAACGGGCUUGCAAUCCGGUUUAAUCCUUUCAACAGCAGCGGGUGGAAAGGUUGUCUUGAUGGCAACCUACAAUCGCGAUAAAUCCAUUCAAAUCGCACAACGUGAACGUGUUCGUCAUAUUUUAGGCAUUGGCUUCAUGGUACGUGAGAUUGGAAUCGCAGGUCAGGACAAACUCCCUUCCGUCUCUUCAAUCGCACAUGGUGGUUCUUCUUCAUCGAAAGAGUUACCGUCAGAGCUGCGUAAGUCCCAUCCCAAUGCAAUCUCAUCUGCAGGAUAUGGUCUUACGGAAGUGAACGGUGUAGCUUUGGGCUUGGGUGUGGAUGACUACCACGCAAGACCUUCUUCGGCUGGCGUUCCUCCUGUUGGUGUUGAAGUGAUCAUCGUUGAUCCCGCUUCAAUGGAACGUGUAAAAGACGGCGAACAAGGAGAACUUUGGAUUCGUAGUCCAGGUCGUGCACAAGGUUAUUGGAAUCGAUCAAAAGAUACUGCAGAAGCCUUUUUACCCGAUGGUUGGUUCCGAAGUGGUGAUUUAGCAGUCGUUGAUCCGAAAGAUGGUUUCUUUUAUAUCGUUGAUCGAUUAAAAGAAAUCAUCGUUCGUAAAGGUGAAAACAUUUCUUGUGGUCAAGUAGAAAAUGCAGUUUAUAGUCAUCCAGGCGUUUUGCAUUGUGCUGCUGUUGCCAUUCCAGAUGGUUCAGGAGGUGAAACGGUGGCUGUGGUCUGUACACCAAAAGACGGUCAACAACUACCCACACCCGAAGAGGUGAUCGAACAAGCAUCCAAACAUCUACCCAAAUAUGCUGUUCCAGAAUUCGUUUGGAUUCGUAAAGAGGAACUGGAACGUAAUCCCAACGGUAAAAUCGUUCGAGCUGCAGUGCGAAAAGCCACCAUCGAACACAUGAAUUCGCUCAAAAUCGGAAAGGCAAAGUUGUAAAGAUGAGAAAUGAUUAUAGCAUUUGUGAAGU